UCGUUCGUCGCCUUUGCUUUUGCCAUUGUCGUCGUCCGUUGUCCCGCUCGUUUUUCGUGGAAGAAGAAGAAGACAAGCAAGAGCAAAGGAGAAUCUUCUUUUCUUUUGUGUGUGUCGUGUGUAAAUUCAAUACAAAAAAUUUUCACUAGCCCAAGCUAAAAAAGAAUUGUGGUUUAGUGCUUUAAAAAUUGUUAAAAAAAUGCGGAAAAAGGUAACGCAAGUGCUAUUGAUGAAUAUGAGUGAGCCUCAUGUGUAAAUCUACACAAUUUGUUGGUGGAAAGUAAAAUAUUUUGUGGCCAUUUGCAAGUGCGGUGUCCGUCGUCCCGCAAAGCGCCGCCCGCGCCCAGUGUCUGUGUAUGUUCGCGCGAGUGUGUGCCGUAGCCGUUGGAGCGUCGUCGUCGUCAUUGUCGCCGCCUAUAUAAAAUUGAGACAGGCGGACGGACUUUUCGUCGUUUGGGUCUACUCCUGAACCUAUAUGUGUGUGUUUGUUUAAGUACUAUAUAGAUUUGAUGACGCCGGCGAUUCGCAAAUGAGAAAAAAAAAUUAUCCAAAAAUAUCGUGGCCGCAGAACUUUUAAGCGCCAAGCGCUAUGGAGCUUGCUGUCGGUAGCAGCAGUGAAAAAUUUUAGGCGAUACGAAGUCGCUGUACCGCUGAAUGGACGACGCCAGUGACGCGGGCCAAUACCCAGCUAACAGCGACUCGACAACAACGAACCAACUGCCCUCUGGCCGGGAAAACAAAAAGCCAACUGCUAAUUCAAAUGGCGUACGGUUCUUGAGUAUGCCUAGAAAUCCUUCGCGUUAGCUUUGGUGGAAAAUUUUUACAAAUCUCAACAAGUUGUAGAUAAAUACAACAAUAACUAGAAAUCUCGAAAAAGUACUAUAUUUGACACAAAGAAGUACUACCAUAAAUCAGUAAAAAAGGUCAUUACAAAAGCUAUAGGAAAAGCAAAAACAAAACACGAAAAAUGUUGUGUGUCCCCCCAGUAAUGUAGAAAUAAGUCUCAAGUAACAGAUAUGUGAAUGUUUAUGCAAAAGUAAGAGUAAAACAAACAUUAAACAAAGUAAAUAAAAACAAAUAAAAUAGUGAAAAAUAGCAAAGCUAAACAGUGAAAAUGUCACCGUUAUAUUUGAAUGUUAAAAAGCGACAAAGUACUUUGCGGCAUAGCAAACAAGUGGCUCCGUUUUCACACCACACUGUAGUGGUGUGCAUGUAAAACAACGAAAAAGUAUAUCUACGAAAUAAAUAAAUGAGUAGAAAACGCCAAAAACCUUAUAAUAAAUCUAAACAAAAAAUUUAAGAAAGCCACGAAAAAUGUAUUAGAAAUUAAUUGCAAAAUUAAAUUACAUUACAAAGGCAUUAAUAUUAUAAAAGUAAAUAAUAUUAUAAAAGUGCAAGAAAAGCUUAGUAAAAAGUGUUUGUUAGCUUACAACGGCCAACAGUGUGUUAAAGCGUAUUAAAGUGCAAACAAAACAAAAAAGUUGCAAAUUCUGUGUGCAACAAAGUCAGUCAGUGUCAGUGUUCUUGUUGUUGUCAAACUCAUACCAUCAUAACCCACGUACACACACAGAUCCCCCAUGUAUCCCCCUGUGCACGCGCAUUAUUAGUGUAUGUGUGCAAGUGAAUUUAUAGAAUUUUUCGUGUAAGCAGCAGUUAUAAAGAAAUCUACAUUUAUGUAUAGAAUAGAGGAUACCAGCGGUGCCGCAAUGGACAAAACUAAGCAGAAAUUAUCCGCAGUUUAUGUAUCCAGUGCGGCAGUGGGUGUCGAGUCGGGACGUCAACGUCAUGCGCCGCUCUAUGGACGAUUUGUGGUCGAAGAAGAGCUUCCUGCAACACAUCGAGAUGUUAUGCAUCACCGAUCUAGUCCGACGUCAUCGUCUGAGGUGCGUGCCAUGCAGGCACGAAUUCCAACACAUUUUCGUGAUCCAGCAACAGCGCCGUUGCGAAAAUUAAGUGUGGAUUUGAUUAAGACCUACAAGCAUAUAAAUGAGGUAUAUUAUGCGAAAAAGAAGCGACGCGCCCAACAGACUCAAGGCGAGGAUGAUUCGUCGAAUAAGAAGGAGCGUAAAUUAUAUAACGACGGUUACGAUGAUGAUAAUCACGAUUAUAUAAUUAAGAAUGGCGAAAAAUUCUUGGAUCGUUAUGAAAUUGAUUCCCUAAUUGGCAAAGGCAGUUUCGGGCAAGUGGUCAAGGCAUACGAUCAUGAAGAGCAAUGUCAUGUAGCGAUAAAGAUAAUUAAGAAUAAGAAACCGUUCCUAAAUCAGGCACAAAUCGAAGUUAAAUUGCUAGAAAUGAUGAAUCGUGCAGACGCCGAGAACAAAUAUUAUAUUGUGAAAUUAAAACGGCAUUUCAUGUGGCGCAAUCAUUUAUGUUUAGUUUUCGAAUUGCUCUCCUACAAUUUAUACGAUCUUCUGCGAAAUACGAAUUUUCGCGGUGUUUCAUUGAAUCUAACGCGUAAAUUUGCCCAACAGCUUUGCACUGCACUACUCUUUUUGAGUACACCAGAACUGAAUAUAAUCCACUGUGAUCUAAAGCCCGAGAAUAUAUUACUUUGUAAUCCGAAGCGUUCAGCAAUUAAAAUUGUCGAUUUCGGCAGUUCAUGUCAACUGGGGCAAAGAAUAUAUCAAUACAUUCAAUCACGUUUCUAUCGUUCGCCGGAAGUGCUACUCGGCAUCCCCUAUGAUUUGGCGAUCGAUAUGUGGUCGCUCGGCUGCAUUCUAGUGGAGAUGCACACCGGCGAGCCGCUCUUCUCCGGCUGCAACGAAGUCGAUCAAAUGAACAAAAUCGUCGAGGUGCUCGGCAUGCCGCCGAAAUAUCUGCUCGAUCAGGCGCACAAGACGCGCAAAUUCUUCGACAAAAUCGUCUCGGACGGUUCUUAUGUAUUAAAGAAGAGCCAAAAUGGACGUAAAUACAAACCGCCGGGUUCACGUAAACUACACGAUAUACUCGGUGUCGAAACUGGUGGACCAGGUGGACGACGUUUAGAUGAGCCAGGACAUUCGGUGGCGGAUUAUUUGAAAUUCAAAGACUUAAUACUGCGAAUGUUGGAUUUCGAUCCGAAGACACGUGUCACACCAUACUAUGCCUUGCAACAUAAUUUCUUUAAGCGUACAACCGAUGAGGGUACGAAUACAGCAGCGAGCAUAGCAAUAUCAUCACCGUCGGUUAGUUCGACAUCAUCGUCGGUGGCGAUGGUAGUAGGUAAUCAACAACAGAGUCAGCAACAGGCACAACAGCAACAGUUGGUGUCAGGCGGUGCGUUGCAACAUCCAGAGCCACAAUCGCACGGCAUGCUUCUACACCUGGGCUCUCACUCCUCCACCUCGAACUUGACGGCGUCAAAUUCGUCCGCGCUUAGCGCCAACAGCAACAACAACGCCAGCCAACAGCAACCGAACAGCCUCGGCAGUUUGAGCAGUAGUGGCAGCAUAACGGGGCUGCAACAUCCGAACAGCAUGUUGCAUGCCCGCAGCGGCAUGCGCGGCAACACCGCACUGCCCACGUCAUAUUCCGUGCCGAAGUCAAUGUAUAAGUCACAGCAGCAACAGCAACAGCAACAGCAACAACAGCAAUCACAGGCGGCUGCGCUGUUGGCAGCGCAACAGGGUCUCCAGGCGCUACUCUCGCCCUCGGCGUCGAGCCACAACAGCAUUGUCAGCGGCGGUGGUGGCGGCGCUAGCAGCAGCGUCGGCAGCAACAGUAACUGCAAUCAGAAUAAUAACAGCAGCAACAACAACAACAGCUAUCCGCAUGCCAUGGACUGUGAUCCGCCACAAAUGCCGCCACCGUCACGUUUCAUCGGCGGCACCAGCGGCAGCGGCGUUUCUCUGUCCAAUUCCGCCUCAGCGUCUUCGUCCUCGAAUAGCAGUAAUAGUGGCAGUGGUGGUGGCAGCGGCAGUGCUGGUGGUAGUGGUCGCAUGCGUUCCGCGCACCACACUUUUAUCGCCCCACCACAGAAGCCACCACACGUCCAGCAAGCGCAGCAGCACCAACAACAACAACAUCUCGCCUCUGCGCAGCAGCAACCACCUCUGCAGCAUAACAGCUAUGCGCCCAACUCACUGCCCGUCGAAUUGGUACACCAUCCAUUGUCGUCCGCCGCCUCGCAUCUCAUGAUGACCGAUUCGAGCGUCAUAACUGCCAGUGCGGCUGGCACCACAUCCGGCCCGCCCUCUUAUACGUCGUUGCUGUAUCAGCAGCAACAACAACAACAACAGCAGCAGCAGCAACAACAACAACAACAACAACUGCAGCAUCAGCAGUCACAAGCGGCAGCUCACAUGUACGCUUCGAUGCCGACGCAACAUAUGAUGUCCGUCGGCGACAUGUCGCUGCAGCAUCAUCACCUGCAACAGCAGCAACAACAACAACAGCAGCAGCAGCAGCAGCAGCAGCAAAUCACACAACACCAGCGUCGUGGCGGCAGUGUUGGUGGCGGCUUUGGCGGUAGCAAUAGUAGCCUGAUUGGCGCCGGCGGUAGCGGUGGUGGCGGCGGGCUGAUGGGCGGCAGCGGCGUCAUGAGCGCCAGCAUGUCAGGCGGUGUUGGUGCUGUUGGUGGCGGCGGCGGCGGUAACGUUGGUGUUGCAGGCAGUGUAGGUACAGGCGCUGGCGGCUCUAACGCGAACGGUCCAGAUGCCUCGUCGCCUAUGGUUGGCGUUUGUGUUCAGCAGAGUCCUGUAGUAAUUCAUUAGUUAGUUGAUAAUACAUUAAUGAACAUACGAAUGUAUGUAUGUGCGUCGGUACAUUGUAUACGAGUACAUAGUAUAUGUAUGUACAUACAUAUGAUGAAAAAAUAUAUUUGUAUUUAUUUUAAUGCGCGAUAAACGAUAGCGAAACAAGGCAACACUUGCACACACUGAAACACAUGGCAUUUACUUUAAAUUCAAUUGCUUAGUGUAACCGCUCACCAUGACGCAAGAUAAGCGUCAUAGCGAAGAGCAAGCAAAAAAAAAGAAGUCAGAAAAUGCUUGGCGCAAGCAGCAGUGUUUGUAAAUAUUAUAAAGGAACUUUCGUUCUACAUUUGUAAAGCAUUUCGUAUAAAUGCACAUAUGUUCCACAAGAGUACAAUGAGCUAAUGAACGUCUUGAUUUGCUACGUGUGGCUUUUGCAACAUUUUUUAAUGGAAUCUACAUGUGUUCCACAACGAAAACUUCCAUUUGUUGCUUAUCAACAGCUGCUUUGGCACUGCUGCAAGCUUUGCUAAGAGCGUUAUUAAAUUUCGCUGCAGAGUCUACAUGCGUUCCACAGCGGUGGAAAGUGUUUUGACAGCAGAACGCAUGUAUGUGUUGUAUAUUAAAAACUUCGUGCGACUAACUUGAAUUUCACAUGCAAUCCACAUAUGUUCCACAUACAAUUUUUAUACAACGCAUUAGGCGCUAUGGGAAAAGUGAAGAGAAAAUUUUUGUAUCGACGGCCACACCCACAUCCCAAUCCACUUUUGCCACAAAUCAAUUUUAUACAUAUGUGAGCCAAAAUUUUGGUUUUGUACAUAAUGUACACAUCGAAGCUUGAGCAUUGCUUAUGGAUUAAGAUUUCAUAGAAAGCGAAUGGCGAAUAAACAAACCGAGAGCGUGGUAGGUCCGCACUACGUUUCUCAUACAUACAUAAACACACAAACACACCACAAGCAUAUAGCUGAAUACACUGAAAUAUUUAUGUAGGUAUGUACGAUAUGUGCUAUCAACUGCCGGCAGCAAAAACCCUAUACAUACGUACAUAUGUUUUGUACAUACAUAUGUUUAUUGCGGAACGUUUGAUUUAAUUCAAUUCGCUCCAACUUGACUACCUUUAAUUAGUUUUAAUUUAAAUUUAAAAUAAUUCGAACAUUUUUGUUGCCUGCCGUCUGCAUUCUACAUGUAUAUCGUAAAUCAUUUGCGUCUACCUAAACUUAAUUUGACGAAAACAACCACACAAAAAAAUACAUAUUGACUAAAUAAUUUUAGUUUUAAUUAUACUACCUACUUAUAUAUUUAGUUUAUUAUUUGCAUAAUUUUAUUUUGCGCUGUAAAAUUGUAAAUGCCUUAUGGACGUCCUAUUUUGUUUGUUCUCUUUUUUGUUAUUUCCUUUUUUCGCUCAGCCAAUCGACACUUCUUUACAAUAAAUUGUAUUUUAGUGUAGUCUUGCAUAUAAAUAUUAUUUUUCUCUCACUAUUUGUCAGUUAAAAAAAAAAUAGUUUGUAAAAACAGUGUAAGUAAUGCUUAAAUGGCAUAACAGCAACAGCAACAAAAAAAAACUAGAAAACUAAAUUAUAGAGAAAGGAAAAAUAUAAUUAUGUUUACGUGCGCAAAAAUCUCUACAUACAUACAUAUAUAAAAGCUAACUAUUUAAUUGCAAUGCCUAUAUAUAUUACACGUACUAUAAUUAUAUAUUUCGUUGGAAAUAUACAAAUUUAUGUAAGAUAAGUUCCAAAAAUA